AUGAAUCGAUUUAGCAAUAACGGGGAGGCGGUAUGGGGCGGUCAUCGCCCGGAUUCUUUUUCGAGUGGUGCUUCGCAGCGUCAGAAUUUCAAUCUCCGACAUAAUGAGGUUUUUCAACGUCAGGCGUUCGACGAAGGAGAUUUGGAGGGUCGCCCACCAGGCGAUUCGAACCAGGAGGAAACAUUGAGUGGGAAGAUGGACCGAUUACUGGAAAAGAUGGACAAAUUCGAUCAGUGGAAGGAUGAAACCGAUCGCAAGUUCAAGUGUUUGGAUCCACUUUUGGCGCGUGAGACGGAACCACCUCUAGGGUUUGAUGAGGCGGACGACGGUGUGUAUGAGGAGUUACGGAGGUGGAAAUCGAUGGAUAGAGGGGGUCGUGUCCGAAACCCUACUGGGGGUUAUCGGGAUGGCGCGAUCGAGGAUCGCGGAUUCCGCCCCGAUAGGAGCAACGACGGUUCGGCCUGGGAUGUGCCAGGGAAUCGCUACACUAGGCCUGCAGGAGGGAAUCUUCAGCACCAAUUCGAAAAGCCUGCGUCGUGUUGGGAUCCCCCCCAGCGAUAUCACUCGUCUGCAGCGGGGGUUGACAAAAAUCAAGUAUCAAUGAAGCCUCCGCGAUUUGAUGGCAGCGACGCAACAAACUGGAUUUCCAGGGUUAAUUAUUAUUUUGAUCACGUUAUGAUGCCGGAAGCUCAACGCCUUCAUUACGCAGUCAUGCUAUUCGAUCCCCCAGCAUCGGAAUGGGUUUUUAACUACUGCGGCAACAACGAUUUUGUCACGUGGCAGGACUUCUUGGAAGAUGUGCGUCAUCGCUUCGACAGGCAGAGUUUUAAAGAUUAUUUCGAGUUAAUCGCAAAGCUGACGCAGACGGGAACAGUCCUAGAGUACCAUGAUACGUUCGAGAGGUACCUAAAUCGGGUCCAGGGGGUCCCGGAAUCGAAACUCUUUACUCUAUAUGUGGCAGGUCUAAAACCGGAUAUGCAGGAACGAGUCACACUACACCGGCCGACGUCCCUAGCUGCAGCCAUGGCCCUGUCGUUGGCCUUAGCGGAUUCCCAUUCUGACCGCACUCAGGUACAACUCAACUCGGGUUUCCAACGCAGGACGUGGCAAGGCCGCGACACCCGAGCAACGACAGCCCCGCCAGGCCAUCAACCGGCUGCUCCAGCGGGCGCCACGUCGGGUCUGCCUUCGGGAACGCAGCAGCAUCAGAGGGAGCAGACACGCCAACCGACCAUCCGGGUAUCUCAGGCGGAAAGGUCGGAAUGCUCUAGAUUGGGGCUGUGUUGGCACUGUCCGGAGAAGUGGGUAGUAGGUCAUGUGUGUAAACAACGUAUGCUCUGCUACGCCGACGAGGAGGAAGUAUCGGACGGUGGGAAAGACGAGGUUCGAGAGGAGGAGAUAUCGUCGGAGGUUGCCCAUAUACACUCACUUGAUGGGGGACGGCGUUCUCGACCGCUCAAAGUGUUGGGCCACAUCCAUGAUCGCGAGGUCUGCAUACUCGUAGACACGGGCAGUGACCGAGAUUUUUUACACCCGAAAAUAGCGGAGAGCCUACAUCUGCCUUUGUCUCCGAUUAGACCCUUUCGAGUGUUUGUAGGUAAUGGGGCAGCGCUACUUUGCACGCACAUGGCGGUGCGAACGAAAUUGAGGAUGCAAGGAUGCGAGUUUGUGGUUGACCUUCACAUUUUACCAAUUCAUGGGCCGGAUGUGAUUUUAGGCAUGGAUUGGUUGGAGUCUCUGGGACAAAUAUCAGCAGAUUUCGCACAAAAGACACUGGAGUUCAAUCACAAGGGACAGUCGUUCACUUUGCGUGGUAUUCUGCCCCCACCACGCCGCCUAACAGCUGAAACUUUCCUUUCUAUGCACUCGUCAGCCGAUAUGGCUGAAUGCUUCGAGAUCGCCUUAUUGAAAUUGGAAUCAGACGAAAGUGGUUCCGACUGUUUCCCCUCUGAUCUACCGGGAGGAGUGGCAGCGGUUUUGGAGAGUUUUUUGUCAGUCUUCAGGGUACCGACGGGAAUGCCUCCCGUGCGCCAGUACGACCAUCGAAUUCACUUGCUACCAGGGUCCAAACCAGUCAAUGUGCAGCCGUACAGGUAUCCUUACUUCCAGAAAAACGAGAUUGAGCGACAGGUACGGGAGAUGCUAGAGCAGGGAAUUAUUCAACGGAGUAACAGUCCGUUCUCUUCGCCAGUGUUGUUGAUCAGAAAAAAGGACGGAUCUUUCCGCUUCUGCAUCGAUUAUCGGGCUUUGAACAAUGUGACGGUCCCGGAUCAUUUCCCGAUUCCAACGGUGGAUGAGCUUUUCGAUGAAUUAGGAAAAGCAAGGUUUUUCUCCAAGCUAGAUUUGCGAUCAGGAUACCAUCAGAUCCGGAUGCAUGAUGAAGAUGUGUUCAAGACCGCGUUUCGGAUUCAUGACGGGCACUUCGAGUUUCUGGUAAUGCCGUUCGGCCAGACAAAUGCCCCAUCAACCUUCCAGGCGGCAAUGAACUCAAUAUUCCAACAUAUGAUGCGCAAAUUUGUCAUUGUGUUUUUUGACGAUAUCCUGAUCUAUAGUCCAUCCGUUGAGGAGCAUGCAUCACACUUAUCGGACGUCCUGACCGUCCUACGCGAGCACAACUUCUUCGUCAAAUUGUCGAAGUGCUCUUUUUGUAGUCCCACUGUGGAAUAUCUUGGUCACCUUAUCACUGAUGGCCUAUUGAAGGCGGAUCCGGUAAAAAUUGAGGCGAUGACGGCUUGGCCAGUACCAAAAAAUGUAAAACAGUUAAGAGGAUUUUUGGGGUUGACAGGUUACUAUAGAAGGCAGUAUGCUUUUAUCGCCGCCCCGAUGACGAAUCUCCUAAAGAAAGACGCCUUUUGUUGGACAGCAGGCGCGGAGGAGAGCUUCCAUGCAUUGAAGAAAGCAAUGACGAGAGCGCCGGUGCUUCGGCUCCCUGAUUUUGAGAAACCUUUUUGUGUGGAGAUAGACGCUUCAGACUCUGGGAUUGGAGCCGUGUUGCUACGGACGAUCACCCCAUUGCUUUCUACAGCAAGAAACUCGGGCCUCGGCGGAAAGUGGCCUCGACUUAUCAUAAAGAACUAUACGCUAUAG